UUAAAUUUCGUAAACAUGGCGAGAUCUGUCGGGGGCUUUAGUGCACCAUGCACAUCGAAAGAAGAACUAAGCAGGCUUUGGGACCUGCUUAUGGAGGCUGUUGAUCAAAAUUUUAGUGACGAGGAACAAGUCUCCCAUUUCUUACACUGCACCUCAUUGACGGGGAAGGAGAGAAUUCUGGAAUCUAGAAAAUUGUAUGGAGGAUACACCGAGUCCCCGGCGCGGGCGCCUUUAGCAUCUAACAAAGAUCUCAAGGGAAACUGGUUUGCGCUGGCUUUGAAGGAUUGUGAUCUUCCAAGAAAGUCACCUUACGGUACCCAAAGAAUCAAAAUACCUGUGUCGUAUUUAAUGGAGUACAUUGGAAACACGUCAAUGGCCGAGGAUGACGAUGAAGUAGAUGAUGAUAUGGAUGAUGCAGCUCCAGCAAAGUCAUCUUUCUACGAAAAACAACGCUCCAAAAGAGAGACUGCAAAAGCCAAGAAAGGAAAACGCAAAAAGACUGUGUUUAGAGAAAUCAAGUCAAAAAGUCAAGAGGAUCCGGUUCUAUUUUUUGAGAGUGCACAUGCUUACAAUGAAAGAUCGCAAUAUGUCAGGCUAGUACUACUCCGCUCAAAUGACCCAAGUGUACCAUGGUGUGAAGACAAUCUGCAUAAGGUUGACUUGAAUGAAAACCCCUUUUUCCAAUGGACCGAUUAUGGGCUUACAUCUUCAAAGAACGACGGUUCCAGCGAGCGCGCGCUUCGCGUUGAGGUCAGGAAAAAGAACAGCAGAGGAGGUUCGACCAUUUCUACAAAGUCCCCGGAUGUUACAUAUUUUUCAUAAGUCGUUUAAACCUUAUUGCUUUGAGGAACCUAGCUGUAAUUUUGACUAUCCUUAUAGACACACCUGUGGGGCUUGUAAUAAUCCCAGAAAUCCACUUCUAGGCAAGGCAUUUAUGGUGUACAGACGGAUUGUUCCUUCCAGCUAUGAAGAUGGCAUUGAAAUGCCUCGAACUAAGAGCAUUGAUGGUCAUCCCCUCCCCAGCGCCCGGAGGGUCAGUAACGUAGUCCACAAUAAUAACAAUCAGGUGGAGGUCAGUGCCCGAUUCACCCCCUACCUCACACAUUUCGGACAGUUCCUUGACCAUGACAUCUCCAGCACUCCCGUCAUCACAGAUUCACAAAAUAAUAUCAUUGAGGACUGUUGCAUUCAUCCUAACAGAAAAGAGUGCUUUAAUAUUCCCAUUGCUAUGGACGACCCUUACUUCACUGAUCCCACUCAGAAAUGUAUGCACUUUGUCCGUUCGGACUUUGGUCCUGUUCCUGGAUGUUACACAGGGAUUAGACAACAACAGAAUCAAAGAUCUUCAUUUAUAGAUGGUUCGGCUAUAUAUGGAUUCAAUACAGCCAAAGAAAAUUCUCUGCGAGAAAAAAGGGGUGGUUUACUUCGGGUCAGUAAAUACCACGCCUACCGCCCCGGCGUACUUCCAGAGGGCGAGGAAACGCAGUGCGAGAACAGACACAAUGCAAUAUUUACAAGGAAUGCAAUCAACCAUUGUUUUGAUGCUGGGGACCACAGACACACAGAAAGUCCGUUAUUGGCCAUCAUUCAUAUCAUGUUUCUCCGUCGCCAUAAUCUUAUUGCGGAGGCCCUGCAACGUGCCACUGGAAUAACAGAUGAUGAAGUUCUGUUUCAGGAAACGAAAAGAAUCGUCGUGGCAGAACUCGGUCACAUAACGUAUAAUGAAUACCUUCCAGAUAUCUUACCCUCUGAAAUUAUAAAUACUUUUGGCCUUAAAUCAACAAGACCUGGACAUCACACAGUCUACGACCUAUCUGUCGAUCCACGUGCCAUAAACAGCUUUGCAGCUGCGGCGUACAGAUUUGGUCAUAGUUUUGUCCAAAGCGUUGUUGGUCAAGAUAACGGAAGAUCUAUAAGAGAAGACCCUCUUCGAAACAACUUCGACAAUCCAACCUUCAUAAAUUUUCCUCAAAAUGGAGGUUGUGAGUUUGUGGCAUCCUGGAUGGCCAAUACGGGAAAAGCGGACAGGGAUCGAUUUGUAACCAGUGAUCUCAGGAACCAUUUAUUUGACGCACAACCCACGGGGACAUCAACGACCAGUCCCGGGGCCACACUAAGUUUAGACCUUGUCUCCCUAAAUAUUCAGCGCGCGAGGGACCACGGUCUUCCAGGAUACAACGUGUAUAGACAGUGGUGUGGCAGACCCAGGGCCGAACACUUUGGUACCUGGGCCCUCGGUCUUGUGGACCAUGACAAGCAAUCAGCAGCAACAUUGCAAUCAAUUUACAGACAUCCAGACGACAUUGAUUUGUUUACAGGAGCCAUGUCUGAGAGGAACGUAGGCGGAUCUCUAGUAGGCCCGACUUUCGGGUGUAUCAUUGGAUUCCAGUUUAACAGGCUAAAGUUUGGAGACAGGUUCUGGUUUGAGAACAAAUUUCCCCGUACUGGCUUCACGGAAGAGCAAGUAAUUGAAAUAAAGAAGAUAACAUUGUCAAAGAUAAUGUGUUCUACACUAGUACAAGGCACGACCCCCGUUAUACAGCCCCAGUUAUUCAAGAGACAGACAGUGAGAGGAAAUCAGCCGAUUUCAUGUAACCAAAUACUUGGUAUGAAUACACCACUUGGUUUCAACUUAGAACCGUUUGUGAGAGAACUUCAGAUUCUUGGAGGAAGGCGCCAUCAAACGACCAGUGUCAAUCUAAAUGUACCGUCCAUAUUUCUAUCACAGCAGAAUAGACAAACUAGUGCUCAAGUGUACUGAAUGAUCAGUUCAUGCCUCAGUAUAUGUACUUAUAUAAACAAUUUACUGUAUAUAAAUCUUGAAUAGCCUAUGCUUAAGAUGCAUUGUGUAAAUUUACAAAAAAAUUGUUUCUAAGAAUGCUUGUAGUUUUUCAAAUUAGAGGUUUAUUUCAUUUGACAGAUAUAUAAUGUUGUACAUUUUAACCUUUUAAUUUUGACACUGGAGCUUGAACUACUUUUACAAUAACUUUUGAAUGGUUGCUGAAAAGAUUUUUAUAAAUUCA